CAAUUUAGUUUUCUUAUUUUCAUAUUUUCAGGUUAUUAAAAUGAAAUUCUCAUUUCCAACGCCUGGCGGUGGUACUGGAGUAGCACUAUUUUCGAAAUUAAUUAGAACGAAAGAUUUAAGAACAUUACAAGGUGAAAAUCCAAGGAGUAAAAAGCCAAAAUUAACCAAAUGUCUUACCACAUUAGAUUUAACAUCAUUGGGUAUUGGUUCAUGUUGUGGUACUGGAAUGUAUUUAGUAGCUGGUAUGGUCGCAAGAAAUAUUGCUGGACCAGGUGUAGUUCUUAGUUUUUUUAUUGCUGCAAUAGCGAGUAUAUUUUCAGGCGCGUGUUAUGCUGAAUUUGGUGUUCGAGUACCCCAUACAUCAGGAUCAGCUUAUAUGUAUUCGUAUGUAACAGUCGGUGAAUUUGUUGCUUUUGUUAUAGGAUGGAACAUGAUAUUAGAAUAUUUAAUAGGAACAAGUGCCUGUGCUUGUGCACUUAGUGCGAGCUUUGAUUCAUUAUCGGGCGGUAUUAUUGGUAGAAGUAUAAAAGACUCUGUUGGAACAAUAUUUGGAAGGCCGCCCGAUUUUAUAGCAUGUGGUAUAACGUUAUUAAUGACACUUGUUUUAGCUGGUGGUGCUAGUAAAUCAGUUAUAUUUAACAACGCAUUAAAUGCAAUUAAUUUGGCAACAUGGGUAUUUAUAAUGACAGCUGGUUUAUUUUACGUUGAUACAUCUACAUGGACAGAACAUGAUGGCUUUUUACCAUAUGGAUGGAGUGGGGUUUUCACUGGGGCAGCAACAUGUUUUUAUGCCUUCAUUGGUUUUGAUAUAAUAGCAACAACUGGAGAAGAAGCGCAUAGCCCACAAAAAAGUAUACCAAAAGCAAUUGUUGGAUCACUUAUUAUAGUUUUAAUUGCAUAUGUCUCAAGCAGUUUCAUUCUAACCCUAAUUGUUCCUUAUGAUCAUAUUGACACGGGCUCAGCUUUACUUUCAAUGUGGUCAUAUGUUGGUGCAUCAAAAUGUAGAGCCGUUGUUGCAAUAGGUGCAACAGCAGGUUUAAGUGUAGCAAUGUUUGGAUCAAUGUUUCCGAUGCCAAGAGUUAUCUAUGCAAUGGCGCAAGAUGGUUUGAUAUUCAAACAAUUAGCUCAGUUAUGGGAACGCACUAAAGUUCCAGGUAUUGCAACAAUCGGCAGCGGUAUAGCAGCAGCAUUAGUUGCAUUAACUGUGAAACUAGAAAUUUUAGUAGAAAUGAUGUCAAUUGGUACACUAUUGGCAUAUACAUUAGUAUCUACAUGUGUUCUCAUAUUACGAUAUCAGCCUCACAGUACAUCUUUAGUAGAUUUAUUACCAGCUCAAUUAAGAACACCAAUACCACCAAGUACACCAGAACCAGCAAACGUUACAUCAGAAGUUGCCGCAAAGAAAAAUUUUACACAUAAACGAGUUAAUACACGUGGUUCCCCGGAUUCGGAUGAUUCAUUUAUUGAUGAUAGUCCGGAGGGUUAUUUGGGUAGAGAUGAUCAAUUUUUAGUUUCUGAUCGUUCAGAAAAUAAAUUUUACGGUAGCGUACAUGGUGCACCAACUGGACCAACGGGUAAUGCAACAGCUUUCGAUACUAUCGGUGUGAGUUUAAUUGGUCGUAAACUACAAGAAUUUGCCUAUUUAUGUCCUGGUCUAUUUCCAUGGGUUAAUCCUGGUCCGGCAACUAAUGAAAGUGGGAUGUACGUUACUAAGUUAGUUGGCUGUAUGUAUGUGUUAGUGUUUUCAUUGGAUUUAUUUGCGGCAAUCGGAUGGACGGGUAAGCUUGCUGGACUAAUAUUUACAAUUUUAGUGAUAGGAAUUAUUGUGAUACUACUGAUAAUAUCUCGUCAACCACAAAAUAGAUAUGCCCUGGCAUUUUUAACACCAGGACUUCCAUUUAUACCAGCUAUAGCUAUAACAGUCAAUAUUUAUCUAAUAUUCAAGUUAAGUAUUUUAACAUUAGUACGUUUUACAAUAUGGAUGACAUUAGGAUUGAUAAUGUACUUUUAUUAUGGUAUAACACAUAGUUUGUUAGAAAAUCCAAGCGAAGAAAUUGAAUUAACUGUUGAUCAAAGUUAUGUAACAGAACCGGUAAGUAACCAUGAACCAAAAGCUGUAUGGGAUCAACAUCAUGGUUAUGAAAAUCAAAUGGCGGAAGAUAGUUGGUCAACAUCAAACCACUAUAAUACGUGGGAUACCAUCGAUAUUAAUCGAAGUUGGAAUGAUACAAAUAUGACAAAUACAACAGGGAUAAACACGACAAAUAAUAAAUCAUUAACAAAAACUAGUCAUAAUAAUUCAUCAAUUGACAAAUCGCAGCAACCACCACCGAAACCGCCACCACCACGCCGUCAACCAUCACAACCGCAAGCUGUACCUACAAAGCCACAAAUAUCAAAUAAUAUUAAAAAAUCCCCUAAAAGAAAUGCAACAAAUCCAUUUAAUACAUCUUCAUCAUCUUCAGUAGGUACGCCAGUUGUAAAUAAAAGUAGUCGUAAACAAUCGGGAUCAGUGAGUACAACGACUGGUAGUAAUGAUGGUGAUACUAAAACCAAAGAUGGAUUUAGUAUGUUCAUCGAUGAAUCACAAUUUCCAAAAUGGGAAGAUUAAAUAAUAUUUAACUACAUAAUAUAUUAAUCAUACAUAAUAUAAUAUAUACAUAUAAUAAUAUUUAAAUCUAAGUAUACAUAUGAAGCAUAAUACAUAUUAUUACAUAUAUUAUUAAAAAAAUUAAACAAGUUGAAUAGUUUUACAUAAAAAAAUCCUUU